AUGACCGGGGACAAGAUGACAACAGAGAGGAUACUGACCCACCACCCUGCAGAUCAUGUACCUGUUGACAGGGAAGAACUAACAGGUCACAGAGAUGAAAAUCUAGACACAGGAGCACAAAGAGAACUUGUACAGAUUAUUCAACCAUCAGUUGUCUCUGCAAGUGAAAAUUAUGCUAAAAUUUCAUGUAACAUGGAACAAACAGAAGAUCAGAGGCAGGGAAAUAUGGCAGGUGCUGCAGAGCAGGAAAUAUGUGACAAUAUAAGUACAGGUGAAUUCACAAACUGCAAUAAUCCUAGUCAUGAUCAGAGUGCAGAUGCUUCUUUACAUCUUCAAAAUCAAAAAAGCCACGUGGGAAAUUUAUGUUCUGAAUGUGGGAAAUGUUUUCUUAAAAAAUCACAUCUUCUUAAACAUCUAAAUAUUCAUACAGGAAAAAAGCAAUUUUCCUGUCCUAUAUGUGGGAAAUGUUUUAACCGUAAAAAAUAUCUUGUUGCUCAUCAGAAAAUUCAUACAGGAGAAAAAGAAUUUUCAUGUUCUGAUUGUGGGGAAUGCUUUAAUCAGAAAUCAAAUCUUAUUCGUCAUCAGAAAAUUCAUACAGGGAAGAAAGGAUUUUUAUGUUCUGACUGUGGAAAAUGUUUUACUCUGAAACUAACUCUUAUUAAGCAUCAGAAAACUCAUAAAGUGGAGAAAGCAUUUUCAUGUUCUGACUGUGGAAAAUGUUUUAAUCAGAAAUCAAAUCUUCUUAUGCAUCAGAAAAUUCAUACAGGGGAGAAAGCAUUUUCAUGUUCUAACUGUGGGAAAUGUUUUACUCUUAAAUCAAAUCUUAUUAUGCAUCAGAAAAUUCAUACAGGAGAAAAAGCAUUUUCAUGUUCUGACUGUGGAAAAUGUUUUACUCGGAAAUCAAAUCUAAUUAUGCAUCAGAAAAUUCAUACAGGAGAAAGGGCAUUUUUAUGUUCUGACUGUGGAAAAUAUUUUACUCGGAAAUCAACUCUUCUUAUGCAUCAGAAAAUUCAUACAGGAGAAAAAGCAUUUUCAUGUUCUGACUGUGGAAAAUGUUUUACUCGGAAAUCAAAUCUUAUUAUGCAUCAGAAAAUUCAUACAGGGGAGAAAGCAUUUUCAUGUUCUGACUGUGGAAAAUGUUUUAAUCAGAAAUCAACUCUUCUUAUGCAUCAGAAAAUUCAUACAGGAGAAAAAGCAUUUUCAUGUUCUGACUGUGGAAAAUGUUUUACUUGGAAAUCAAAUCUUAUUAUGCAUCAGAAAAUUCAUACAGCAGAAAAUGCAAUUUGAUGUUCUGACUGGAAAAUGUUUUAGCCUGAAAACAAAUCUUAUUACACAUCAAAAAAAUCAUACAAAACAUUACAGCAAUGAAUAAACAGCAUCUUGUUAUAUCAUUAAAAACUAAUAUAUAGGGGGCGGAGCUAGCCUGCUUCAGAAAUGGACGCAAGCUGAAAGAGCUCCGGUGUGAGGCCAGUUUUAUUAAGACUUUUAAAGGCUUAGGAACAUCCUUAUAUAUGUGACUCUUAGCUACAGAACAUCCGCUAACAUCACUGAUCGAGUAAUUGAAGUUUUAACCUACAGCCAUCACCGAAGAAGAUCAGCAUUCCUAACACAGUGCGGCUGACCACACGGUCCGACACAAACACCCGGAGGCCACUAUAUUUUCAAACCACAGGCCUGUCCGGCUGAAUUACCGUCAUCUUACCUCUCCGGAAUACAGGAGACUGCGAUCAGACAUUGAGGCAAUAUGUGACUGCAAAAUCCAACGGCUCCAGACACCGCAGUGAGUAAAUCCUUCAGAGCUCCCACGCAAGGCCAUACAUAUAGAGCCGCUGCAUAAAGGAGUAUGAAACCCUUUGAAAAUAUAUAUAGAUGAGUCUGUUACACACCAUAUGUGAGCGCAACCCAAGACACAGUGAAUACCUCAACGAUAUUGGGCAGUUAUCUCCGCCAUACUCAGGCCACGUGGAUAACUAGAUAUCAUUUGCAGAGGCCCUCUUUGUCACAAUCCUCUCCAUUUUUACCAAGAGUGACCAGUCUCCUCACAGCGGGCAGCAACCUAGCUCACAACCCGGCAUUAGCCUGACCCUGAUAGUUACAUCUAAACCUUGUUUAACAUUGCUCUUUAAUGGCUACUAGGAAAGGGCCCAGAACUGAAAAAACAUUAAAGGGAACUGGGGCAGUUAUACCUAAAGUUCACUCUUUCUUCAAGGCCAUGGAUAACCCCACUGCACACACUCCCUCUUCUCCUUCAAAAUCUCCCCCUGCGCAGGCAGAGACUGACAUAACAUUGGAAGAAGACAAUAUUCUUACUAAGGCAGAUAUACUAUCUCUUCCCUCUAAAGAAGAUUUCUCCAACUUCAUAACACAAGUGAGCUCAAUGAUUAAAUCAAGCCUCACUGAGGUUAAAAAAGAAAUUAGCGAAAUAGGCAAUAGAAUUGCAAAUCUGGAAGAAAGCCUAGAAAGCACAGACAGGCUACUUGACCAACAAAUCCAACAUUCUACCUGCAAUUCCAAUAUUAUUCAGCAACUACAAGAUCAGGUUGAGGACCUGGAUAAUAGAGGCAGGCGCCACAACAUCAGGAUACGGGGAGUCCCUGAAUCUAUUAAAGCUGCAGAUCUGUUGCCCUUUCUCCAGAAACUGUUUAAUGAGCUCAUGGGAAACAAAAAUCAAGAAGUCAGGGGUAAAGAAUAUCUGCUGGACCGUUUUCAUCGUGCCUUAAGACCCCUGCCCAAAGACCCUGCACCCCCGCGGGACAUUAUACUGAAAUUUACAAAUUAUAAAGACAAAGAAGAUAUCCUAUCUGCAGCACGACAACAUGCACCUAUUACAUUUGAGGGACAUGCUUUACAAUUUUUUGCAGACCUGAGCCAAAUGACUUUAACAAAGAGGAGGGAGGCUAAACCCCUGACGUUGCUUCUGAGAGAACAAAAAAUACCAUAUCGUUGGGGCUUCCCUUUUUGUCUCAGAGUAGUAAAGGACAAUGUUUCUGCAAUCUACAGAAGCCCCGAAGAUCUGGAAUCAUUCUGCUCCCAACUGGGCAUUCGGCCCCCUACUCUUCCCUCCAUAUCCGACAUGCCUCCUCCACCUAAAGACCAGCGAACACGACGACAAGAUUGGACUCAGGUCUCACGCCACAAACGGAACAGAACACAGACCAAAGACCCAUCCUCAAACCCGGACUGACUCACUUGAAAAACAUUUAACUAAUGUAUUGAAUGUGCGGUUUUGCUUUCUGCUUUUUAUUAGCCAUACUGUACAUGCCUAGAAUAAACAUCUGGUCCCUAGCCAUCUAGAUUUAUAGCAGUAACAUUAGAAUCCCAGUUUUACUGUCCCCCUACUUAGUCCCUACAUAUGGUUAAUGAGGUUUGUUGAUUAUCCUAGCUGUCAAAAGUGAGAUUAACCUCCCAUAUGGCUUGUUACAUUUGCUGCCCAUAUUUCUAGACGACCUACCAGAAUACACGUUCCUAUAAAAUAACGUCAUUAGAAAACCGGCCUGCUACCAAACGUAGUAGCAGCCACUUUUUCCCCCCUACUCUACCUAUGAGUACUCCUGUUAGAAUACUCAUGCACUGUUUGUAUAAUUUUUUGUGUAUUAAUAUUGAUGUUCAGUUUAUAA